UUUUCAUUUAAUGAUGGCAUGCUAAGAAAUCUUCAGUGGCCUUCUCUUUUUUAUACUCAUUAUCGUCCUUGUUACCUGUCUUCAAACCAAUCCUUUUCAUUCCUUAUUACCCAUCCCUUUCGUGAAUUUUUUUUCCUGUUGCCUGUGGAGAAGUGCCAUCUCGAGACCUUACAUGAAAGCGUUCCUUUGGUUGCUCUCCAUUCUGAUACUUGCCAGUGCUGUGGCAAUUGCAGAUCGAGCCAUAAGCAAUGUCAAAUACGGUUGCAGAGCUGGAAUGCCCUGCCUCCGUGCGACUCGGCCCACAGCUACAAUUGGAAAACGUCAUUGUACCGACGAUACUUCAGACCACGACCACGAUCACGGUGACCACGCGUCCGUAGUUGCUUCCAAUUUAUCCCUCCACUCUAGUAAACAUUCAUCGACACCGACUAUCAAAGCUCAUCGUGCCACGGGGAUCCCAAAAAAGUCUGAUUCGAAAAAAUCAGAUGAAAAAAAGUCAAACGAAAAAAAGUCAAACGAAAAAAACUCGAAUGAAAAACAGUUGAACGAAAAAAAGUCGGAUGAAAAAAAGAAAUCCAAUACAACGGCAUCACACAAAGGAAAGCAUACCUCUGCUACACCGACGCAUAAAAAGAAACAUACCUCAACAAAGGUAACAAAAGCAACAAAGGCGACACUUCAUCAUCAUCAAUUAAAAGCGAAGGACGCCAAGACAAAAACGACGCACAAGACGCAUCAUACUUCCGCGCACCAUAUUCCCAAACCUACGACAAAGAAGAAACAUCAUGCUUCCAAAUCAGCCCACCACGGCAGUUCGGCUCAUGGCACGGAUUCAUCGUCUGUAAAGGCCGAAAAGGAAAGCAAACCCAGCAACAUUCGAGCAAUGGCCCAAGAUCCGAAGCAGAAACCUACCACUACGACGACGACGACCACCACCACCACCACGUCGGUUGUGACACCCACCGUUGGUGUAGGCUACACUCAGUUCAUGAAUCCGUCUGCUCCAGCCGGUCCCACUCCCAAUGUGUCUCCCGUAUUGGGUGAAUCCGCACCUUCAUUUGAAGAUCCCAAAGAUACAAAACCGAGCGAUCCAAAUCAACAGUCGAUGACCGCCCAAAACCUGCCUUCCAAACCGGUCAGCGCACAGACUGAGAACAAAACAAUCGGUAUAUCGGUGGGUGCAGCCAUCGGCUGUGUGGCUGCAGCAGGUCUUGCAGGCAUGUUUGUCUAUCGCCGUAAGCGUCAAAAUGGCGAUCAAACAAUGGACAAUAGCGAUGAUAUCGAAGAGGCACACAGAGACGGUGGAGGUCCAGAAACUCGCUGGCGUCCUCAGUCAUUCAUGGCCGCUGUGGCAGGUGCGGUCGCCAAAUUACCCAAACGUAGCAAUUCAGCGGCGUCCCAAGCAAGCCAUGGUGUGCGAUCAGUCUUUGGCAGCCUCCGUCGAGCCGCUAGUAAUGCUUCCUCGUCGUUGCGCUCCAAUACAAGCAAUCGCCACAGUCAAGCGAGCCAAGAAAGUUUCGGUAUUGCCAUCACCACCGGUUCAUCAUCCUCUCCACCGCCCUUGGCUCGUAUUGAUGAUGGAUACCAAGACGUAGAAGUAAGACAACACACACACGCCUACUAGUGCCUUUUUCAAUCCCUCCUUUGAGCCAGAUAUAGAAAGUUUAGUUAUUUUACUAUUUUUCCUUUAAGAAAAAGAAGAAGAAGAAAAAAGGAUCUCAGAAACCAAGGAACGAUGAGAAUAGGAGAUGAGUUCUCAAGAGAUCGAGAUUGUUAAAAAAAAUGCGGUUUAAU